GCAUAAGCAGCCUUCCUCUGACUUUACUCUUGAGCAGAGCAGUUAGAUUAAACUCCACCGGGACUUUUUGGUUUUCUUUUUUCUAAAAGCUUCAUUGUCUUAUUUUAAUUUAAAAAACAAACAAACAACAGAAGUCAAUCAUGAUCAGCCGAAACUUUAAGAAUGUGUUGGUGGUCUCCACUGGAUUUCUGUCUCUGUUUACGGCUUAUGGAGGCCUGCAGAGCUUACAGAGCAGUUUGAAUGCGGCGCAGGGGAUGGGCGUUGCGUCCCUGAGCGUCAUCUACGCCGGCAUCAUCAUCUCCUCCAUGUUCCUGCCGCCCAUCAUGAUCAAAAACCUGGGCUGUAAAUGGACCAUCGUCGUGGGAAUGGUCUGUUACGUGUCCUACUCAUUCGGAAACCUCUACCCUGGAUGGUACACCCUCAUCCCAACCUCCUUCAUCCUGGGUUUGGGCGGAUCCCCUCUGUGGUCGGCUAAAUGCACCUACCUGACCAUCUCUGGGAAUAUGCAAGCAGCCAAGGACAAUAAGAAGGGUGCUGAUGUGGUCAACCACUACUUUGGGAUCUUCUUCUUCAUCUUCCAGUCGUCUGCAGUUUGGGGAAACCUGAUGUCGUCGCUCAUCUUUGGGCAGGACACCAACAUCUCUGACAUUCCAGAGGACGUCCUAAGCACCUGUGGAGCAUUUGACUGUGGACUCUCUAUUAAUACCAGCAGUAGCAACAGCACCUCCAGCAGACCUGCACAGAGGCUUGUGUGGACGCUUCUCGGGUGCUACAUUGGUAAUUUCACAAACUACGUAACCUGCGCUUUGGGGAUCCACUUUGUCGGUUAUGUGAUGAUGUGCUUCGGAGCGGCCAAUUCGCUCUGCUCCUUCCUGUUUGGGAGAAUCGCUCGCUACACCGGAAGGGCCGCCCUCUUCUUCUUUGCUGGUGCCACCAACUUGGCCUGCAUCAUCACCCUCCUGCUGUGGAGGCCUCAUCCUGACCAGUUGCCUGUGUUUUUCGUUCUUCCCGCUCUGUGGGGAAUGGCGGACGCCAUCUGGCAAACUCAGACUAAUGCUCUUUAUGGCAUCCUCUUCCCGCGGGACAAGGAGGCCGCCUUCGCCAACUACCGCAUGUGGGAGUCGCUUGGUUUCGUCAUCGCCUUCGCCUACAGCACCUUCCUGUGCCUGGAGUAUAAACUGUACAUCGUGCUGGCUGUUCUGGUGAUUACCAUGAUCACCUACCCCAUAGUGGAGUACUACGAGUACAGGAAUCCCACCCAGCCCAUUGAACAGGCCAUCUAUGAGAAUCCCAAAAACAAAGCAGAGGAAGCGGGCAUCGUUAGUCAGACUUGGAUGUAGACGCGUUGCCAUUUUACCGUUUCCUUCUUUGACUGCUAAUCCAGAACUCCUGCAACUGGAAAAAAGUAAAAUAACUAUAAAACGGUAGAAAGCCUUUACUUUUUCUUAAAUAGACCUCUUCUUGUUGGUUUUCUGGACUAUUUUGGCACUGCUAAAACCAGAACAAAUGUCAGAAUAUAAAAUGUAACAUUAAGUUAAAAGCAGAAACUGAUUUUUAAUGUUUUUAAUCUUUAAAGGUGAAGCAUUAUGCUCACUUGAACAGGUUAGAAUAAGUCUAUGUAUGAGCAAACAGUCUGUGGCUCCCCUGGUUGCUAGGUAAUGGGCUGGGCUCCGCGCGGGUUGCUAGGUAACCACGUAGUGCCAGUGAAAUGUGACUUGUUUUUGAAAUGGCCAAUUUUCAAGACAUAAAAAAAGCAUCAACUUAUUGCAGAUUUUUAUUUUUCUUAAGCGUUUGUGGGUUUUCUUUUUUGAAUUUUGCACAGUAUGUCCGCUUUAAAAACAUUAAAUAAAAAUGUCUUAGUUAAAUUGAUAGAUAUUAUUGAAUUUUAUUGUUAUCUCUGUAAAUGCGUUUGUUCCUACAUGUUUAUUUGAUGAAAUCUUCACUAAACAUUUGCUGAAUGUUGGAUUUUGCCUUUUUAUUUUUAACUAUCUGCUCAUAAAGCCCAACAGCCUCCUUACAAUAAACUGUUUUUUACUCCACUGUAAGUUAAAUAAAAUGUAUACUGUUUAUGUAAGUUUAAGUAAUAAAUGUGUUAAUUUGA